UUCCAGGUGAUCGUGCAAAACUACAACUCUGUGUUGACGCUGUCACACCUCUACCAGCUUUCUGAUGCUAUUCUGGUUCACGAGAAUGACACCGUGCACAAAAUCUGCAGCCGGCUGAUGAACAUCAAACACAUCUCCAUCAGUGACGUUAAUAAGGUGAUCGCUCACCAGCUGGCCAGUGUACUUCAGCCCGCUUAUACCGCUGAUUCAACCUGCCAUUACAGCACAAACCCCAUCGGGGAAUUACUGAGUUCUUUGGUGUGUCACCCCGAGUACAAACUGCUCAGCUUGUGUAACAUUCCUCAGAUGUCCAGCACGUCUCUCGCCUAUAGUGUGUUUAACUGGCCUGGGCUGCUGAAGCAUUUACGUCAAAUGCUCAUCGCCAGCGCUAGGAUGGAGGAAGGAAUUGACUGGACAGUAAGUGCCCCAUCAGCAGUCACAUCUGGAGGAGAGGGUGCAACAAACAGCAGGCAAAAAAGUUUCAAUUUAUCACUUGCUAAUCUUCUAAUACUACGGGGGAAAGAUGUCUCUACUGCGGUUACAG